AUGAACCACACUUGGACGUACAACCUGAGCCUUGGUGCACCUGCAGAUCCCGUGGAGCCAAGGGCUGGACUCUCACGAAGUGGGCACACCAUAGUGGCUGUUUUUCUUGGAUUAAUCUUGUUUUUUGGUUUCUUGAAUAACUUGAUUGUCCUCAUCCUCUUCUGCAAGUUUAAAACCCUUCGUAACCCAGUCAACAUGCUUCUCCUGAACAUCAGCAUCAGUGACAUGUUAGUGUGCAUCUCGGGCACCACCCUCAGUUUUGCAUCCAACAUCCGUGGCAAAUGGAUUGGAGGGGACCAUGCUUGUAGCUGGUAUGGCUUUGUCAAUUCCUGCUUUGGCAUCGUGUCCCUGAUCUCGCUGGCUGUGCUGUCCUACGAGCGCUACAGCACUCUCACCCUGUGCCACAAGCGCAGCGAUGAUUUCCGCAAGGCUCUGCUGGCAGUCGCUGCCUCUUGGAUUUAUUCCCUGCUCUGGACCGUGCCACCUCUGCUGGGAUGGAGCAGUUAUGGGGUAGAAGGUGCAGGCACAAGCUGCUCGGUGCGCUGGUCCUCAGAGUCGGCUGAGUCCACAUCCUACAUCAUCUGCCUCUUCAUCUUCUGCUUGGUUGUCCCCGUGACGGUCAUGAUGUACUGCUACGGGCGCCUGCUGUACGCCGUCAAACAGGUUGGAAAAAUCCACAAGAACGCUGCCCGCAAAAGAGAGUACCACGUCCUGUUCAUGGUGAUCACCACAGUUAUCUGCUACCUGCUGUGCUGGAUCCCAUAUGGGGUUAUUGCACUACUUGCAACAUUUGGCAAGCCUGGCAUUGUGACUCCAGUCACAAGCAUCAUACCUUCCAUCCUAGCAAAAAGCAGCACUGUUUGCAAUCCCAUUAUCUACAUACUUAUGAAUAAGCAGUUUUACAAAUGCUUUCGUCAGCUUUUCCACUGCCAACCUCCUUCCUCCACCAACGGAGAGCCCACCUACCAUUCCAAGGUAACUGUUAUCCAGCUGGAUCAGAGGGUGGGCGGUGGAAACAUGUGCAAUAAUGAACCACAUCCAGAAACAGACAGUAAAAUGCCUUCUCUCCUGCACCCAGAGCCAAUUUCAAAAGCUGUAUCACCACCAUCUUAGGAAAACUGUCUCCAAUGGAAAGUACAAGCCUUAACC